UGUAUUCUGGGGAUGUUUUGGGGUGUUCUGGGGGUGUUUUGGGCUGUUUUGGGGCUGUUUUGGGGCUGUUUUGGGCUGUUUUGGGGUGUUUUGGGGCUGUUUUGGGCUGUUUUGGGGUGUUUUGGGCUGUUUUGGGGUGUUUUAGGGGCAGUUCUGGCUGCAGCCCCUGCUGCCCCCCCAGGUACGCCAGCCUGUACUUCUGCUGCGCCAUCGAGGGGCAGGACAAUGAGCUCAUCACGCUGGAGCUCAUCCACCGAUACGUGGAGCUGCUCGACAAGUACUUCGGCAGCGUGUGUGAGCUGGACAUCAUCUUCAACUUCGAGAAGGCCUAUUUCAUCCUGGACGAGUUCGUGAUGGGGGGCGAGAUCCAGGACACCUCCAAGAAGAGCGUCCUCAAGGCCAUCGAGCAGGCGGAUCUGCUGCAGGAGGAGGAUGAGUCCCCCCGCAGUGUGCUGGAGGAGAUGGGGCUGGCAUAGCCCACCCUUGGGGGGGGGGACACCCCCAUAUUAAUGGGGUCCUCCCCCUAUUCAUCCACAUGGGACCAACCCUGGACACAACCACGGGGGGGGGGGGCACCCCAAAAUGCCCCCCCCAAGCUGUAAAUAUAUAUAUAUACAUAUGGGGGGGGCACCCCCUUAUUGGGGGGGGGCAACUCCGCAGGGUCCCUGUGCUCCCCCCCCCCAUGGACCCUGUUUGGGGGGGGGGGAUGUCACAAGUGGGUGCCCCCCUCCCCAGACCCUGAGCCCCCUUUUUGGGGUGCUGGGGGGGGGACAGGGACCCCCCUCUCUCCUUUGGGGGGGGUCACUCAUUUGGGGAGCCCCCCCAUAAUGGGACCAUCCUCCUGCUGCCCCCCCUAUGGAAUAAAGCCUGUGGAGCCCUC